AUGAAGGCUUCCAAACAGAGCUUCACAGGUCCAUCCUCCUCUCCCCGCGCCAAAGAUAGUCCAACUCCAACGCAGAUGGAGAAGACGGUGGUUCUGUACCCCGGCCUCGCCGUGAGCCACUUCGUCCCCAUGAUGCGGCUCGCCGGCUCCCUCCUCGAGCACGGCUACGCCGUCUCCGUGGCGCUGACCAUCGACCCCGCCGUCACGGGGGACGCAGCGUUCUUGGCAGCCGUCGGCCGCGUCGCCGCCGCCAUGCCGUCCGUCCGCUUCCACACGCUCCCGCCUGUGGAGGACCCGCCCAGACUAGCCCCCGGCGCGCAGUUCCUCCUCAGCUACUUCCACCUCCUGCGCCGCUACAACGACCGCCUCCACGACUUCCUCUGCUCCUCCACGCGCGUCCACGCCGUGGUCGUCGACUCGCUGUCAGUGUCAGCUGAUACGCUGGAGGUCACCAAGAGGCUCGGCAUCCCCGGGUACGUCAUGUUCACCUCCGGCGCCGCCUCCCUCGCCGCCUUCGCCCAGCUUCCUUAUGUCCUCGGGGAGGGCGGCCGGAAAAGCUUCAGGGAGCUGGGCGACGCCCCUGUCGAGUUCCUUGGCCUUCCGCCGGUUCCGGCCUCGCACCUGUUCGCCGAGGUGCUCGAGGACCCGGAGAGCGACACGUACAAGACGACGAUGGCCGGGCUGUCCCGGAUCCCGGACACCGAUGGCAUCCUGGUGAACACGGUCGAGUCGCUGGAGGCUCGCGCGGUGGCCGCUCUCAGGGACCCUCGGUGCCUCCCCGCCGGCCGGGUCAUGCCUCCGGUGUACUGCGUCGGACUCGGGCCAUUCCUCGGCGGCAUCGAGGGCGCGGCGGACGAGCGGCGCGAGUGCCUCGCCUGGCUAGACGCGCAGCCGGACCGCAGCGUGGUGUUCCUCUGCUUCGGGAGCACGGGCGCAGCGAACCACUCGGCGGAGCAGCUCAAGGAGAUCGCCGCCGGCCUGGAGAAGUCCGGCCACCGGUUCCUGUGGGUCGUGCGAGCGCCCCACGGCGGCGACCCGGACCUCGACGCGCUCCUGCCAGACGGGUUCCUGGAGCGCACCGGCGGCCACGGCCUCGUCGUCAAGCAGUGGGCGCCGCAGGCCGAGGUGCUCCGCCACGGGGCCACCGGCGCGUUCGUGACGCACUGCGGGUGGAACUCGGUGCUGGAGGGCGUGGCGGCGGGCGUGGCGAUGCUGUGCUGGCCGCUCCACACGGAGCAGAAGAUGAACAAGCUGCUGAUGGUGGGGGAGAUGGGGCUCGCCGCGGAGAUGGCCGGGUGGCAGCGGGGGCUGGUGGAGGCCGGCGAGGUGGAGCGCAAGGUGCGGCUGGUCAUGGAGUCCGAGGAGGGCGGGCAGCUCAGGGCGCGCGCGGCGCAGCACCAGGUGGCCGCGGCCGCGGCCUGGAGCGACGGCGGGUCGUCGCGGGCGGCGCUCGCCCUGUUCUUGUCGGACGUGGACCGCCGGUGGCAGGCUCGCGCUCGCGGCGGGGAAGCUGCGUGA